AUGGAGAGAAUGAAUAAUGUGACAGAAUUCAUCCUCCUGGGCCUGACCCAAAAUAUGGAACUUCAGAAAUUUUCAUUUGUUGUGUUCUUAAUUGUCUACUUGAUCAGCUUGGCAAGCAACUUGCUUAUUAUGAUCACUAUCAGCACCAAGGCCUUAGGAUCCCCCAUGCACUUCUUCCUGUCUUACUCAUCUCUUAUGGAUGGUUGCUGUUCUUCCUCCAUGACCCCUAAAAUGCUAGCUGACACUCUUUCUGUGAGAAAAGUCAUUUCCUUUAAGGGAUGUAUGACUCAAGUCUUUGCUGUGCAUCUUUUUGGUGCUGCUGAGAUUAUCCUUUUCACAGUGGUGGCCUAUGACCGCUAUGUGGCCAUCUGCAAACCCCUCUGCUACAGGAUCAUCACGAGUGGACAAGUGUGUAGCCUCCUUGUGAGAGUGACCUGGGCUGGAGCCUUUGUCCAUGCAACCAUUCAGAUCCUCUUCACAGUCUGGCUGCCCUUCUGUGGCCCCAAUGUCAUAGAUCACUUCAUGUGUGACUUGAACCAUUUGUUGAAACUCUUCUGCAUGGACACUCAUACUCUUGGUCUCUUUGUUGCUGCCAAUAGUGGAUUCAUCUGCUUGUUAAACUUACUCUUUUUGAUGAUCUCCUAUGUGGUCAUCUUGCACUCUCUAAGGGCCUAUAGUUUGGAGGGGAGGCGCAAAGCUGUCUCCACCUGUGUCUCUCACAUCACUGUGGUCAUUUUAUUAUUUGUGCCCUGUGUAUUUGUGUAUCUGUGCCCAGUAACCACCUUUUCCAUUGAUAAAGCCGUGGCUGUGUUUUAUACCAUGAUAACUCCUAUGCUAAACCCUUUAAUCUACACACUUAGAAAUGGAGAGGUGAAAAAUGCUAUAAAGAAGCUCUGGAUCGAAAGGUGGUUUCAAUGGAGAAAUGCUCACGUUAGCAUAAAAUGA